CCGAUUUCAUUUUCUUUUGAAGGGGAGGGAUUGUGCCGAAAUUUUUUAAUUGAAAAGAAAAGAUUUCAUACAUAUAAAAUUGCAUUAUACAAGUAUAAAUAUUUUUCAUAUGUGAGAAAUAUGACAAAAAGUUAGAUUCACUCUGUAAUUGGUUGUGGCAAUAUUGAUUUUUCAUAAAAAAAAUUAGAUAUCUUUGCUAUAUAGCCGUCGGCAUUGUUUUGGAGUUUAUAAUUUCACUCUAUAAAUAUCAACCAAUCGAAUCGGGGAAAUCCCGUAAACCUCCUUCACACAAAAAUGGUGGUUUGCGUAAAGUUGGAUUGAAUAGCGCUUUUGAUGUGUUUUAAAACUGAAACCGAUAUGAAAUGAAUUUCCUGCAUUUAUGAUACAGCGAUUUAUGAUGGCUUCGAAUACUUAUGUCUUUAAUGGAUUACCGCGUGAAUAUUAUCGGAUCAGGAAAAAAGAGGUAAGUGUCGUAAGAUGGUAUCGUUCAUAUUUUAAAGCGUGCACAUAUUUUUUUUUCAGUGUAAAUGCCUGCAGCUUUACACAGCGAGAUGUCAAAAGUAUAAAAAAGAAGUGGAUAGACAUUCAAAGCAAGACCAGAAAAAGAGAAGCAGAGAGGAGAAGAGAGCAGAAAAAGACUGGGGGAGGUCCACCUCCACUAAACUUGAAGCCAUGGGAAGAUAAGAUUGUUUCUAUUCUCGAUGAUAGCAUGGUGGUAGGGAUAGAAGGUGGUUUUGACACCAGUGAGUGUGGAAGCAAUGAGUUCCCUAAAGCCACAUCUAAUGCUACUUCCAAGUUCAUAUCAGCAGAUGCCUCCAAAACCCAGGAACUAAUUCCUGAGACUCCUCCUCCCUCAUUUGCUGGAGAUACCAGUAUGCCAACUGGCUGUUCCACAAAGAGAAAAAGAAAGAUCACUGUUGAGACAGCAUGUACAUCAGAUAACUCCAAGGCAGAGCUACUGCUUAACAUCCAAAGAGAGAAACUGGAGCUUAAAAAAAGUCUGCUCGAGGUAGAAAAGAAGAAGUUGGAUGUGCUUAAAGAGAUCUGUUUUGAAUUGAAAAGAAAAAACUGUUGCUGUUCCUAUUCUUUUCAAACUCUUGAGCCCUUAGUUGAGCUUGAACCAGCAUCUUGCUCAGUUUCACCAACUAUCAGAGGUCUUGUUGUGAAAGAAAUUUAAUUUUGUCUGUGCAAUGUAAAUUAGCCUGUUUUAUACCAUGUAAAGAGCUUUUCUGAUGAAUGGUGCCUGUAUGUCUGUCUCUCAAUCUGUCUGUUUGUAAACUAAGCACAUAUUUUCCUUCUACUUUAGAACCCAUUGGCAGUAAAUAUUAUUAUUGUAUAUUCUAAAAUAUUGAAUUGAAGGGUCAACCUUUGUGAAAGGGAGAUAAUCAUAAAACUUGGUUAACAUUUAAAUACCGGUAGGUGUCUUAAGAUAUUCUUCUCAAGAGUCACUGCACUAGCUAUUCCGGUCUUAAUAAUAUAGUGAAAAUUAUAAGAAAAAAAUAUGUAAUGCCACAUGAUACACCAAUUUAAAAAUAUUCCAUAAGUGAGCAAUGUGGCUCAUUAUUCUCUUGUUUUGCUUGUUAAAUUUGUUGGGUGGGGGUAUUUGUAAAUCUUUAUUUUUUUAAAUUUUCUGAUGUUAUAGAGAUCUUAUGGUCAUUUCAAUAAGAGAUGAAAUAGAUAUUUUGUGAUUUCAUAGCAUGGCAAUUACUCUUGAUUGUUUAAUGACAUUGCAUUUUGAAAUGGAAAUUUGUUUAGUAUCAAAUCCAAUGGUUAAAGUUACAUUUGUGUUAUACUUGUUUUGCUAUUGUUUUCAUCUUGUGUUUAACAGUCAAGUUAUGAUGACAUGAUUACAAUUAUUUUUAUAACCUUAAUAUAUCUUGUUGUCUUUACUUGCA